CCAAGUAAUCACUCUUUAAAACCCUUCUCUUGCCAUUUUCUUUACACAGUCACUAAAAUGAGUGAUGUAUCAGCAGAAAAACCAGAAGAAGAUUUGUGGGAAAGAGCCAGAAAAGCUGCAGACAAUCUGUACGAAAUCAAAGAAACAUUUUUUCCUCAAAACCCAGAUGACAAAGUCACCAGAUUGCAAAACGAAUCUGAUCUGGCUCUUAAACUCCUCGAUUCCAUCCCUCCUGAACAAAGGAAGUCACCUCUACAGCGUGCAACGUAUGAAUAUCUGCGAGGAAAGAUAUUGGAUGUUGUACCUGAUUACAGGAAAGAGGCAGAGGAUCAUCUCUCAAAAGCUGUGAAGUUGAAUCCCUCUCUUACAGACGCUUGGCUAUGUUUGGGCGUCAGCAUUUGGAAAAAGGGAGAUUUACCUGCUGCUAAGAACUGCUUCAAUCUUGCAUUAAGCAAGGGUCCAAAUAAGAAAAUACUUUGUCAGUUAUCUAUGCUCGAAAGAAGCAUGGCUCAAGGUUCUGAGAAUCAGAUAGAAAUUGUUGAAGAAAGCAUUCAACAUGCCAAAGAAGCUAUCACAUUGGAUGUCAAGGAUGGAAAUUCUUGGUACAACCUUGGAAAUGCAUGCCUCACAAGUUUCUUUGUGACUGGAUCUUGGGAUCACCAGAAACUUUUGCAAUCUUUAAAAGCCUACCAAAAUGCUGAGAAAGACGAAAAAAUGAAGUCCAAUCCUGACUUGUAUUUUAACUGUGCCACUGUAGACACAUAUUUAGAGAAUUAUGAGAGGGCUCUUAGGGGGUUUGAAGCUGCUGCCUUAAAGGAUCCUAGUCUUAGUGCUGCUGAGGAGGUCCAAAAGAUGGUUAAUCUUCUCGAUAAGAUAGAGAAUUUAUUGAAGGUACAUGCUAGAGGCAAACGACUUGCAUCUUUGGCAUCAUCUCUUACUGCUGCUAAGUUGAAUUCUUCUCAUAAAAUAGUCGCUGUGGAUAUGCUUUCGGAGGGUCUGAACAGAGUUGCAGUAGUUGGAAAAGUGCUAUUCUUCGUGAAUUAUGAGAAUGUCACUCCCCUAUACUAUUUGGUUUGUGAUUCAAAUCAGACAUGCUUUGUUCUAUCUGUGUACAGUGUGCGUGAUAAUGUGAUUAAAGAAGGAGAUCAGGUAACACUAUUGCAACCUUAUUACCGUCAUCAUGUUUUUUCUUGGAAAGGAAAGAGUUACAAUUUCAAGUCAAUUCGUGUGGAUUUUGUGGGGCAAAUGCUUCUGAACGGCAAAACCCUCUCACCUCAACAAGAACUUCGUUCAUCGGUCUUUGCACAACUCAAACCAUGAAAAGUAGUUUCAAGUAGAAUAUCUGUGAGCCAUGUAUUUGUAAUCGGUUUUUUUGUUGAUCUUCUCAUUUACUUAAUAUUGUUGUAACGUGUGUAAAUAGAUUAUAGGAUUGAGAGGAAAGAAAAAAAAAUACACAAGAGUGUGAAUUCCUGUUCAAGUCAAAACACCAUCUGUCAAAGAAAUAAAUUGUAGAUUUUUAUGAAG